GCAGUCAGGAAUCUGCUCCAGAACAUCAUUGCAAGUGCCAGGACACUCUUCACAGGUUGGACCUGAACCAUUCUGGAAAAAGUCAACUCCAGCUGUUUGAUUCCAGCUCUCUGCCUCCGUCAGUCUUGGCAACAGGCGAGCAGAGGAGGGUGUGAUGGGAAUCUGCCUUAAAAUCCAGCUCCACCCCUGGAAUGCUUCCCUUUGGAUGUUCCUCCUCCAACACCAACACCUCAUCCUCCUCCUCAUUCACAGAGUGCCGGGAGGAGCCCUAAAGCUUUGAUGGCCUUUAACUGAGAGGAGAGAGUUUCAAUGCCACACAUGGAAGGAGUGGACAGAGGAAGGGCCUGUAGGAAAGACUGGACUCCCACCAGGCAUUUUUAACCGAAGAAACUAGAAACCAUGAACUGGUCAGGCUUUGAAGACCUCCUGGGUGGAGUGAACAAAUACUCUACUGCCUUUGGGCGUAUCUGGCUCUCGGUGGUCUUCAUCUUCCGUCUCCUUGUCUACUUAGUGGCUGCUGAGAAAGUUUGGGGAGAUGACUCCAAGGACUUUGACUGCAACACGGAGCAGCCGGGCUGCCCCAACGUGUGCUAUGAUCUUUACUUCCCCAUCUCCCACAUCCGCCUUUGGGCCCUGCAACUCAUCCUCGUCACUUGUCCGUCCUUGUUGGUGGUCAUGCAUGUGGCCUACCGGGAAGCCAAACUGAAGAAGUAUCUGGAGAAAGUUGGACGGGACUCUCGGCCCCGCUAUCCCCCGGGGAAGAAGCGUGGGGGUUUGUGGUGGACUUACUUGUUCAGCCUCUUCUUCAAAGCCUUUGUAGACAUCACCUUCCUCUUUAUCUUCUACCGAGUGUACCCGAGCUACAGGCUCCCCACCCUGGUGAAAUGUUCCCUCCCACCUUGUCCCAACAUGGUAGACUGUUAUAUCUCUCGGCCAACGGAGAAGAAUAUGUUUACUCUUUUCAUGAUCGUGACGGCCUGCAUUUGUAUCCUGCUAAGUCUUGUUGAAGCCUUUUAUCUUGUUGGGAAGAGGUGUAAGGAGAACCUGGAGGUCAGGAGUGAAAGACACGAGGGACACAACGGGGAUGUACUUAUUCUGAAAAGGGACCCCAGCUGCCUUUCCCCGAAUAAACAAAGUGGGGUGGAAGUGGACUCACAGGUCUUCCAGGGACCAGAUUACAAACCGUUCACUACACCCCUCUUAAAUACCUCACAAUGCGGGGAGCCCUCAAAACAUGAAAAGUUAGGGUAGCUACACUAGUAGGAAAGGAUGAAGACCUUGGGGGUAGGAUCAAUGUAGUUUUAUUCCCAUAUCUUCUACUGGGUAGGAGCAGGAGACAAAUAUGACAUAGGGAAAGGAAAUUAAGAGAAGAAGAAGAAUAUGAGCCUACUGUCUGGCCCAAAUUCUGUUGGCCAACGUCAACAUAGCUCAGGUUGUUCUCCUGCCUAUUGACCAUGUUUUAUGUAAGAAUACUUGAAGUCAGGCCACAGCAGAAGGUUGCAAUGUGGACUGCACCAACCAGUAAGGCUUGCCCUCUUCCAGGAUACACCAUUACAUUCCACUUUUGACCCAGAUUUUUUUCCUUACCCUCCAAAGUAACCUUAUGAUUUCAUUCUAUGGCUAAAAGACACCUUCCAGCCUGAAUCCUACUAUUAGUCUCAAAUGAGUCUCAGGGAAACCAAUGGGAUUUACCUAUGUGUUGACUUACCAUUCAACAAUUAAUUCAGUGCAUCUACUCUAGUUGGAACAAACCAAAGUAGGGGUGGGAAUAAAGUGGCCCUCCAGAUGUGGUUGAACCACAGCUCCCAGCAUUCCACACCAUUAACUAUGUUGGCUAGGGCUACUGGGAAUGGUAUCCCAUACACCUGUAGGGUCUUCAUGAUUCCUACCACUGCAUUCAUUCUUCAUUGAGUUUCUUUCAAGGGAAGUAUGCUCUUCUCAGAGAGCCAGUGUGGUAUAAUGGUUUGAUCAUUGGACAACAACUCUGAAGACCAGGCUUUGGUUCCAAUGCUUGGCAUUGGAAAUCUUUCCACUUACUCUCAGAUCCAGAAAACCCUAUACUAGGUUUCAUCUUAGGGUCAUCAUAAGUUGGAAAUGACAUGAAGGCCCACAACAAUGUUCUUCCCAUGACCAGCAGUCUUAGUAUUUUCACGUAUCAGAUCAUCUGUACCUCUGCAAAUCAUGGAGUUCCCCUGAGCCUAGGGAUACUUUCUUCUUAUAUGUGAAAAUUAACUGAACUCUUUUGGCUGGAUAUGCAUUGGCGGAUAUACCUAAACAACAGAUACAGUCAUAUUAAAUAGUCAGUACUUUCAGCAAACUCUAUGGUAAUUGCCUACUGCUAACACAUUGCACAUUACCAAGGAAGAAAGGAAGGAAUCAUCCACUUUGGUUUUCAGAAGAGCAGAUUUUCUUAUACUGUUAAAAAAAUGGUUCGAUACUUUUUUAUAUACCUCAAUAUGUUUAUUAAAAUCACCAUUUAAUAUAUGCACGUAUUCACUUGGGGUUUUUCCCCUCCAAUUUUGUUUCAAAAGCCGCUGAGAAAAGAAUGUUAGCAUUCCAAAAUGCAUUUGUCACAAUAAAAUAUC